AUGCCGGCUCUUCUUCAAUCUGUCUUGGCCCUGUCUGCCCUGACUGUCGCCUAUGGCAAGCCUCAGACUGGCCAAGGCCCUGUCGUAGCUCCGAAGGGACAGAAGACCCUUACUGUUGGCAUUCUUGGCGACUUCGGCUGGACCGGAUGGGAGCCCGCCAACUUGCACUUUUGCAACGAGGUGCUGCCCGUCUUGCAAGCUCAUAACCUCACCAUCCCACGCGACGUGCAGAACGACUGCGAUCCCGGUGACCGUGCUUACAUCACCAAUGCCACUGCUUUGCAAGAGUCUACUGCGACCUACAUUGGGGAUGUCUGCGAGAAGAAAGACUGCAAAGCUUUUGUCUCUGUCGGGGAUAACUUCUACGAUAGCGGUGUCGACUUUACCACCACAGGCAUCAACCGUUUCCAAGAAGCUUGGGUCGACAUGUAUUCGCAGGGUGUCUUUACGAAUGCUCCCUGGUACCAGUGCCUAGGAAACCACGAUAUCGUCUACGGCCAAUCCGGUGUUGACUUUGAAACCAAAAUUGCUCCUCUUUACGAUGAUCGCUGGUACUUUGGCACUGAAAAGUUGCCUUACUAUACCUAUGACCUUGUCGGUGAAGACUGGACUGCUACCUUCGUCGUCGUCGACUCAGACUGCUUCAUCGACAGUUACCAGAAAGACACCUCGGUAUACAAAAACCCAUACACCACCGCCUGCCACAAGACUACCCAGACCCAAGUCGACUUCCUCACCAAGACCUUCGCCGAGUCCAAGGCGGACUGGAAAUUCCUCCAGUUGCACCACGGCUUCCUGUCCGUUAGCGGAAACUACACCGAGUUGUGGCCCCUUAUCUCGGUCGUCGAGAAGCACAACGGUAUCGUCUUGAACGGCCAUGACCACUGCACCGCCCACUACCAGAGCAACAACACCAACUUCGUCCUGUCCGGUGGCGCCGGGUACCCACAGGCCGGUGACUGCAACAACGGUGUCUCCCUUGGCCCCUUUGUCAAGUUCUUGGGCGCCAACUCGCAGGCCGCCGCCAACGGCUUCGUUACACUAGAUCUCAGUGCCGAAAAAUUGGUCUUUGAGUACUACCUCCGCGAUAUGCAGUUUGAUGGUGGGGAUUUGUUCCCGGUCAAGAAUGACAUGAAGCCACAGUACUCUUUCAAGGUAACCGAGCAUGCCAAAUAG